AUGGCCCAGUCCCGUCACAUUCAUGAUCUCGCCGAUGAGCUACUGAGCGAAGUGCUGUAUUUUCUGGUGCCAUCUCAACCUAGACCCGGCCCUGGAAUUCGAGCCCUGAGUGGCGGCAGCUAUAAGAACGGCGUCAAGCAAAACGGUAUCGAUCGCCGAUCAUUUGGGUUUGGAGAAGCUUCGGAUCUCGAUCGAUUUCGACUCGUCUGUACACGAUUCAUGCGGAUUGGCACGCCGCGCAAGUUUUCGCAUUUUAACCUGCGCUUCUCCAAGGAGGGCUUCCGCCGGCUGGACGAGCUUCUCCAGAUGCAGUUGGCCUGCUGCGUCAAAUCUAUGACCUACCUGGUGCGACCUUUUUAUCAAGGCAAUGGUAAACAUCUGCUCCUCUCCUCCCCACAUCCAGCUCUUUUAUCUCCGGGGUACAUGCGCAGACUGACACGAAUGUUAAUAGCGUGGGCACCGGUCUUUCGUUCGUUCGCUGCGAAACAUCCAUUCCCCGCAAAGGUACAUCGGCGUCGACUACGAGAGCAAAUAGACCUGGUCGGCAAUGGCACCGAUCUAUCACGUCUUCGUACGGCGAUCGCCUCGUUUUCCGCACUCCAACAAAUCAAACUCCUCCGUGUGCAAGAUGGAGCAGAUGAACUGCUCAUUGAUUACUUGGACGUUCAUUUUCCGACAAAUGGCAAUAACAAUUCCCUAACUGCCACUCACUUCGGCUGGGAAGCCGCAUGUGCACGCGCAAUAAGAAAUCUUGGAAUUUCAGUACUAGACUCCCAGCGCACAUCCAUCCGCUUCAUAGGGCCCCAAAUUAGCCCCGAGGCAACCCUCCAACUUCUCCAAGUCCCAUCGGCAACUUUCGCCGCAGUGGGGCACCGGAUCACAAGUCUCGACAUUACCUUCCACUGCGAAUCGGACAUUUCGUCCACAAUGACCGAACUAUCAGACGUUUUUCGAAAAUUCUUUCUUGAAGCAAAAAAUCUCGUCGCAAUCCAUAUUGGUUUUCUUCCAAAGCACCCCGUCUCUCUCACUCUCGACACAAUAUUUCACGGCAUACACUGGAAAACCCUCCGUAUGCUCAGUCUGCAAGGCUGGCACCUUACCGCAGAGGAUCUCAACUUACUACUCCGUCGUCACUGUGCCCACCUCCGCGCUCUCCACCUAGCAUCUAUCUCACUCCGAACUGGGAAAUGGGCCUCGGUACUAAACAUCCUCCGUCACGAAAUGGAACGUCUAAAUCGCUUCGAGUUGAGGGGAAUCAGGUACGACGCAGACUUGAUUUCUAUCGGUACGGAAAUUAUCGAACCCGUUCCGCUCUCACCACAGUCCUCCUCGUCAAAAGCCCAGUGGUUAUCGGCGGACGAGUUGGGUGACGAUGGGGUUCGUGUAAGGAAGGACCAGGAGCGGCUUUGGGAGACGUGGGUUCUUACUGGAAGAUAG